UUCUGGAGCAGGCUCCUCUGACUCGACCACAGGCUGUUUUGUGCAGGCUGUCCCUCUCCUUCGAAAUCAAGCAUCCCCUCCCCGAAGCAGCAGGCAGUGUGCCUCCAUUCGGCCACAUUUGGUAUGCCUGAGCACGGCUGCAGGGAGAGGGGAGGUGGCUUUCUUAAGAAGGUUCAGGGGCUCAGGGAACGCCACUUGACUAGACUCCCAAGUUCCAGGAAGCCUCUGCCCUAAUGGAAUUUGCAGGUGUGGAGAUGACCAUGGGAUGCCAGGGCCGUGGGGGACCGUUUGUUUUUUAGGCACUGCCCAGAUUUGCAAUUUCUUGUCUUCCCGGUGGAAUUUGGAAGGGGUCAUGAAUCAGACUGAUGCUUCUCGACCCCUAAAUUGGACCAUCCGGAAGCUAUGCCACGCAGCCUUUCUCCCAUCUGUCAGACUUCUCAAGGCUCAGAAAUCCUGGAUUGAAAGAGCAUUUUAUAAAAGAGAAUGUGUUCACAUCAUACCCAGCACCAAAGACCCCCAUAGGUGUUGCUGUGGACGCCUAAUAGGCCAGCAUGUUGGACUCACUCCUAGCAUCUCUGUGCUCCAGAAUGAGAAAAAUGAGAGUCGCCUCUCCAGAAAUGACAUCCAGUCUGAGAAGUGGUCUAUCAGCAAACACACUCAGCUCAGCCCAACAGAUGCUUUUGGGACCAUUGAGUUCCAAGGAGGCGGCCAUUCCAACAAAGCCAUGUAUGUCCGAGUAUCGUUUGAUACGAAACCUGAUCUCUUGCUACACCUGAUGACCAAGGAAUGGCAACUGGAGCUUCCCAAACUUCUCAUCUCUGUGCAUGGAGGGCUGCAGAACUUUGAACUCCAGCCUAAGCUCAAGCAAGUCUUCGGGAAAGGGCUCAUCAAAGCCGCCAUGACAACUGGAGCGUGGAUCUUCACUGGAGGGGUCAACACAGGUGUCAUUCGUCAUGUUGGAGAUGCCCUAAAGGACCAUGCAUCUAAGUCUCGAGGGAAGAUAUGUACCAUAGGUAUUGCCCCCUGGGGGAUUGUGGAAAACCAGGAGGACCUGAUUGGAAGAGACGUGGUCCGGCCAUACCAGACCAUGUCCAACCCCAUGAGCAAGCUCACCGUUCUCAACAGCAUGCAUUCCCACUUCAUCCUGGCUGACAAUGGGACCACGGGAAAAUAUGGAGCAGAGGUGAAACUCCGCAGACAACUGGAAAAGCACAUUUCACUCCAGAAGAUAAACACAAGAUGCCUGCCGUUUUUCUCUCUUGACUCCCGCUUGUUUUAUUCAUUUUGGGGUAGUUGCCAAUUAGACCCAAUUGGAAUUGGUCAAGGGGUUCCAGUGGUGGCACUCAUAGUGGAAGGAGGACCCAACGUGAUCUCAAUUGUUUUGGAAUACCUUCGAGAUACCCCUCCUGUACCAGUUGUGGUCUGUGAUGGGAGUGGACGGGCAUCCGACAUCCUAGCUUUUGGACAUAAAUAUUCAGAAGAAGGCGGAAAGCAAUUGACCUCAGUGACCUGCACCCCAGCAUGAUACAAAUGUAAUUGGAAUGUCAAGUGAGAAAGAAAGAAACUGAUGUCAACCAUGCUGAUUUCACAUGUCCAUUUCAGUUUUUGUUAAUUUAAUCCACCUCAUCUCUUUUCUAGAAGAAAUAUCAAACUGCUUCUUUUUUUACUUUUCUUGGAGGAAAUAGAAACAUCAAAGACAAAAAAAUAGAAGUGGGUUUUCCUGUUACUUCUAUAAAUAUCAGUAUUUAUGGAGUACCUACUCUGUGCAUAGAACUGUUGGAAGAUGAACAAGACAUAGCCCUGGCUCUCAGAGACACGGUAAUAAGUUUUCAAAUACAUGACUACAAGGUUACAUGGCUCUGCUAAGGACACAGUGCUUAAACAGCAGAAGAUAAAAUACUGAGUGGGUCAUUCCUAACAAGAGUUCUAUAGCAUGUCAAUUAUCCUUAGAUGCCAAUAUAAUCGAGCUACUCUUUUUUCUCCCUUUCCAUCAAAAUCUGAGUUUAAACUGAGAGUCAGUCUAGAUGGUAGAAGAAGAAAAAAAUAGAUGGCUCUCUGUACCUAACAACCCCCCCCAAAAAAAGGAUUCAAUAUAAACAAACUAAAAGAAACCGGUAGAGGAGACUAUUUUUUUUUGUUAUUGUUAUUAUUUUUGAGGCUGACCUUGAACUCUAAGUCCUCCUGCUUCAGCCUUCUGCAAGCUGGAAUUACAAACAUGCACUACCAUAAGUGGUCAAGAAGAGAAAUUAUUUUGAGCUGGUAUGCUAGUAGGGAGAGAGAGAGAGAGAGAGAGAGAGAGAGAGAGAUUAACUUAUAUCUAUAUGUAAAAUCAAUAUACUAAGUGUAGUAAAACUUAGUUAAAUAAUUGACAUAAUGUUUACUCACAUAUGAUUAUGUAUAAAUGCUUAUAUCUUUACAUAUCUUUACCUGUAUCUUUAUCUAUAAAGGCCUAUAUCUUCACAUAUACAUUCAAAUGAUUUACUUGAAAACUUAGAGGACUGAUAUCAUGACUUUUCAAAUUAAUCAAUCACUGUAUUUUUUUCUAACAUUUGUUUUAGGUACCAUGGGGGUUAUGAAAGCAUAAUUUUCCUCCAUGAGUGUAUAUGCAAUCCUUGUGUAAAGAAAUACAACAAAUAGUUUUCUCUGUAGUAUUACUGAGCUUUAAGGUGGCAGACAGUACCACAGAGAGAAUGUCACUGCCAGUUUUCUCUAAGGAAUAUAAAGGUACAGAUAUAUAGCUGACCUCAUCAUCAUGCCCACAUUCUCUGUGACCAGAAUAACUCUGUUUAUUUAAGAAAGUACAAAGUAUAAUAAAACCUUCAUCUGACAGGUUGCUGUUAAAUCUCCCCAUACUGUGUAAACAUGGAGGAGGAUGAAGCAUUGAUUUUAAGGGAAAUAUCUCAAGUAUAGAGAAGAAAAUACCACAAAGGGGAAAGGUUUCAUUGAUCCAAGUUAGCCAGCCAGCUCCCUUACAUUAAAUAUGCUUUAAAACUGCUCACCUCUUGGCUCACUGGGAAAAUGUGCCACUGAACAUGAAAAGCCAACACCAUCAGCCAAACCAUUAUUGGGGAGAACUUGUUUUAGAUAACUGUCAUCUGCAGUAGGCAGAAUGCCCAUCACCGUUGGGAAAGAUUUCAAAGCUGUCUAUUAGCUACACACCUUUACAUACUGAUUUAAAUGAACCAGAGGCAGAACUCAACAUGCUGUUUAAAACUAGGACUCUAGAUGACCCCAACAAGAGUAACCUAUGUACCCCACUUAAUCCCAAUAACUCCUGCACCCCACUUUAAGAAGCUGCUCAGAUGUGGCCAAUUGGCAGCUCAGGCGCCAUGUGGAUCUCUGAGUGAGGGGAGCAGGGGCUGCCUCUAUCACAAACUCAGUUGACCGUUCUUUGAUCACUUUCCCCUGGUGAUGUGGCCUUGCCAGGCCACGGAGGGAGGGGAUCCAGGCAAUCCUGAUGAGACUUAACAAGCUAUGGGCAGAGGGCAAUGGUGGAAAAUUCCUUUUUUCAGUGGACUAGGGAAAGAGGAUAGGGGGAAGAGGAAGGGAGGGUGGGACUCGGGGCAGGUGAGGAAGGGAGCUUCAAUCGUGAUAUAUAAUGAAUAAAUUGUGAAGAAGAAAAAAAUAAAAUUAAAAUUAAAAAAUAAAAUUAAAAUUAAAAAAUAAAACAAAAAACUUAUCAGUGGAAAAAAGAGGCUGAUUUAGAUUAUAUGAAGGUUAGAUAUCUUCUCUGAUACAUCCAGGGUUUUCAAAAGUAUCUUCCCUGGUUUCUGUACCUGGUACAAACUCUCUUCAAGUCACUCUGCACCCGCUACCACACUUGGCCUUCAGAACCCAACUGAAUCACCUCUUACCCCAGCUGUGCCUGCUCCUGAAUAUCUAUCAAACUUGAAAAUCUUCCCCUACAAGACAAUUUUAUCAUUAAAAUACUCAUUUUAUAGGACUCUUAGCUCUUAGUACUUUUAUUUUCAUAGGCAGGAACAUCUAUGUCCUUCAUUUCCCCUCUUUUGAAAAUUAUUGAUAUUUUUUAAGUUUUGAGUUGGAAUUCAUGGAAUUUUCAUAUACAUGUGUCAUAAUUUGUUGUAAUUCAUAUUCCCUCAUGCUUUCUUCUCCUAGACUCACUGCCUCUGCUCUGAUUGGUUCUCUUCAAUUGGUUCACUAGUAUAUUCUGACUAGUGAAGGAAGACAUAUGGCCAAUUUUAAAAGGUGGACAAAUUGAAAAAGAUAAGAAUGAUGGUAUUUGGGGAAGAAAUGCUCUGGGCGGUGGUGAAGUUACAGACAAUAGGACAAGUGUUAGAUGAGUAUGGAUGUUAUCCCAUCUCAUUUACCUUUGAUUUAAUAGUUAUGAGGGAGAACCACUACAGUCCCAACUUGCCAUAUGCUUGGUUUUUACUUUUUAAGAAUAAGUAUUUUUAUUCUUUGAAAUUUUCAUUCAAUUUAUCUUGAUCAAAUUCAUCUACCUCCUCACUAAUUACUCCCAGAUCCACCCUUACCUCCUUUCAUACCCAAUUUUGUGUCUAUGUUUUUUUAUUUAAUAAUUUCUCAACUCCAAUUCAUGCUGUCCAUAUACUCAUGGGUUUGAGGCCAUUCCCUGGAGCAUGGUUGACCUACCAGAAGCCAUGACCUUAUGGAAAACUCUCUAUCUAUCCCAGAAGCCAGCAGCUUCCAUAGCUCCUCAGUUGGGGGUCAGGGGUCACGAAUCCCUUCCUAACCAAUUCUAUUAACCAGCUUGAUCUUAUACAGUCUUGUGCAAGCCACUGCAGCUGCUAUGAGUUCACAAGUGUGGCCAUCCUGUCAUGUCCAGUAGACACUGUUUCACUCCAUUCCUCACUGACCUCUAGUUCUUACAAUCUUCAGCUCACUUUUCUAGAAAAUGCAGAGGAUUGAUACAUGGAGCAGCUAUGUAGCACAGCCCUCCCCAAGGCUGGAGGCGCUCACUGCUUUCUCGAUUAAGUCUCAUGUAGACUUGAACUCUACAAGCAAUCACAAUGUGGAUUUAUUGUAUUACAACUGGAGAGGAAGGCCUAGACCUGUGAUUAAUAAAUAAGUUGCCUUACAUCAGAAUCACCCACAUGGCAUCUUAAAUUGCUAGGUAGGGGGUGUACAUUCAAGAGAUCUAUUUACAUCAUGGGAACUAUGGUUAAUGGCAUAAAUACUUGAAAAAAUAAUAAGAAAAUGGACUUAAAAUAUUCUUAUUUGGGGCUGGAGAAAUGGCUCACUACUGAAGAGCACUGACUGCUCUUCCAGAUAACCAACAUACACAACUAUAUAACUCUAAGAUCUGACACCCUCACAAAGACUCACAUGCAGGCAAAACAACAGCACACAUCAAAUAAAAAUAAAUAAAAAUGAACAACAAAACAUAAAUAUUCAUAUAGCAUCAAAGUGAGUUCGUAUACUAAGCUUGAUUCACUAAAUAUGUGUGUAAUAAAUAUAUACAAACUUUAUUUAUAAAUGUGCUCUAUAAUUUAAAAUGAGAAAAACCAACAACAAAGCACAUAUAUCACUAUGCUUCACCCCUAUAUCCCAUCAUUCAAUAAGUCUGGUGGAAAUUUGCAUGUUAGUAAAACUGGAGAAGAUGGUCAUGCUGUCAGUCAGGGGACCUGGCAUUAAGAGCUACUUCCCCGGUACCUCUCUCUCUCUGCCUGGCUUCACCACUAAAGCACUCCUACACAGCUCUAAAGCUCUUCUUCAGAAUUCCAGGAGCUAUGUAUUAAAAUGAUAAUAAAAAACUAGUAACGCAUAGAUCAAAUCUACAUUGUGUAGGCUCCGGCCCUCUGCCUCAGGGCCUAAGCUUCCGCCGGCAGCAGUGGUUCUCAGCCUUCCUAAUGCUGCGACCCUUCAAUACAGUUCCUUAUGUUGUACAGACCCCCAACCAUUAAAUUAUCAUAAUGUGAAUAUCUGAUGUUACCCAUGUGAAAGAGUCUUUCAAUACCGGAUGGGGUGAUGGCCAACAGAUGAGAAAGAGAGGGCCUCCUCUCACUUCAUGAACUUUCUAUCACCCUACAACUAAGCUCAACUAUCUUACCUAGUCUCAAGCUCAUAAGAUCCUGCUGUCCUGAGCCUCUCUGUCUUACAAAGCGAUUGGCAAAUGCAUCUUUUUAUCUAAUUUAUUUCUAAAACUUUUCCUCUUCAGUUUUAUAGAAUCGCCCAUUAAAAGAUAUUUAAGUGCAUUAAAAUCCACAAGUACCUUUAAAUUUUAUAUUGAGCCACUGUUAAUAAAAAAAAAAAAAAAAAACUUAUGGAGCAGGCAAGAUUGCUAAUGUUUAAGAGCACUGGCUGCCCUUCCCAAAGACCCGGGUUCAAUUCCUUGCACCCACAUGGUGGUUCAUAAUAAUAACUCAAGUUCUAGGGAGCCAACUCCCUCUUCUGGCCUCCAUGGGCACAAAGCACACAAGCGGUACACAGACAUCUAUGCAUGCAAAACACCCAUACAACUAAAACAAAUGAGUGAACAAAUAAAUACAUAGAAAAAAAUGACCUCAAAUUUAACCCCUGUUUUUUAGGAAAAGUAAUUCUGAAGCAUCUUAAUGGACAUUUGACCCUAAAGCUGAUGCUAUGUUGGGUUAACUUGCUACCAAUGGCACCACUAAUACUAAAUGCCUGAAAUGUUCUUCUUAGAUUUUGUCCAGAAUCCUCAUUUUGUCCAGAAUCCUCAUGGAAUUUUCAAAUUGAUCAUGGGCAACAGCAUUUUCAUACACUGUAUGCAGCCUGACAACCUGCUACAAAGCUCUCUUUGACAGAGAAGAGGGAAAAAAUGCAUAGAAAGGAGGACCCAAUGAUUCAUGUACAAACAAACAAACAAAACUCCCUCCAUUUGGUUCUAGUAAAGCUUUUCUUGAAUUACUGAGUGGAUGUUCAUGCUUAUAUGUUCGUGGGAUAGUUUAUGUAAGACAACUUCUGAUCACAAAAAAAAAAAAAAAACCUUCUAUAGGUUUUAAAUAAGCUUCAAGGAACCAGUGCCCUCCCCUGGGGAAGCAGCUGGUUUCCACAACAAGGAAAAGAGAAAGAUGAUUCCCAGGAGUCCCAGGUAAUCAGCUUGCUGUCAAGAACAGCCUCUGGACUGCCAGCUUCCUGUACUUCCCAAUGAAGUUCAAGUAAGCUGCCAGUCACUUGGGGAUUGGCACCUCACUGUCUCCACAUAUGGCAGGCACCCCCACAUGGCCAAAGCUCCUGCAGACUCUAAAAACCUAGCAAGAUGACUGAAGCUUUUUGAGAACUAAGAAUCAGACCUAUGAGAUGCCAAUCACAGAAACACCAUCAGUAUCAUGAGGGCACUGAUUCAUCCUGGUACUUAGAGGUCUCCAACCCUAGCAGAGUGCAUAGAGAGGCACCGCCAACCCCCCCCCCCCACAAAAAAAGGAACCAAUUCCUAUAAGCCAAUGGUAGUCACGAUUCAGUGUCUUGGGAACAGGUCUAAGAUUUGGAUUUCUCUAAGCCUGUGUGAUUGCUUUAGUUUUCAUGAUUUGACGCAUUUCGGUUUCAUCACUUCUGGUACAGGACUCACAAACUGUUUUCCUCUUGAGUGUCAACUCACAUCAGCCAGUGACACCUUCCUAAAAUGCACUGAGAAUGACUUUGAGGCUACAUUGGGGCUCAGAUGAAAGGAUAAAUUCGGAUGGAUUCACAAUGAAUCUGGGCAAACAGAGGACCUUAUGGUCACUGUGCUGCAAAUGCCUACUCUGGAACCUGAAUGAAGUGAAAGUCUUGGAAGCACCCUCAAAUUUUAAGACUGUCAGACAAGUAAAAAGUAAUACAGUGAGUUAUCUAAACAAUGAGAAAAAAAAUAAGAACCCAAGUUACCUCAGAGACACCUGGGAUACAGGAAGCGGGGCUUUUUGAUCAACAUGCCGAAACAUGUCAGGGUUUUAAUCACCGGGCUGUGUGAGAAUCUCCUGUAAGCAUUAGGCAUGGAUGACAAAAGACCAGAAACAACUUGCUACUGGCAGCCAGUUGGAAACGGAAUAAGAUACAAGUCGACUACACAACUCUAAGUAGGAAUUAGGGCUGGAGAGAUGGCUCAGCAGUUAAGAGCACUGGCUGCUCUUGCAGGCGACCAGCUUCAGUUCUCAGUGUCCACAUGGUGCCCCACAUACAUCUCCAACCCCAGUUCCAGGGCCCUCUUCUGAUCUCCUCUGGUACCAGGAACACACAUGGUAUACACACAUACAUGCAGGCAAAACUCUCAUACACAUAAAAUAAGUUCUUUGGAAGCUUUUAGGCAAGAAAUUAGUUCAUUGUAGAAUAUGUAACAAAAAAUAGAGAAAAGUUACAUUUCCCCACCACCUGAAAAAAUACAGGGUGAGAAAAAAAAUAAGCCUACAAACUAUGUAAAGGUAUGAUAUAGCAUUACUCUUUCCCCAGCACUUCUGCCCCAUCUCCAACAACAUGCUUGACACACUGGAGUUAAUUUUAUACAUAAAUAUGUGUAUAUCUCUUAUAUAUCAUUGCAAAGCUUCUACACGUAAGAACUUGAUCCAAAUGUAUUAUUUCAUAAUAUGAGAUAGUUACGGGAUUGUAGAAAUAAGGAAAUGUAGGAUAAAAAAGUCAUUUGCUAACUUCCUCCCAGUAGCACCAUGAUCUUUCCAGGCGUGCUGGAACUGGAAUUAUGUGCUUAGCACCCAUGCCAUAUUAUAUCCUAGGAAAUGGCCCAGUGAUUACGGGGAGGCUUAUUUUGCUCAUCCCAGAGCUGAGUUAUUUCAGACAAGAAAGUAGAAGGCGUCCAGCUUCCUUCUCCUACAUAAUAGCUAACUUCUCCUUUGAAUAACUCUUGAGCCAACAUCUGAUAUAUAUCCAUUGAAGAUGUGUCCACAGCUUAGCCUCCCUAGGGAUUCCAUGUAGCCCCUAAGCCAGCUCUGAGGCUGACUUUGAUGAAGUGCCUAAAACAAUAAAAUUCUCGUUGUCCCCCUAGCCUGGCUAUGGGAAGUGUUCACCGACCUGUUUUACUUGGAACGAGCUCAGAGGAUACUGCUUGACUUACAGUUUUGGCAGGAAAUCUGCCUGACCAUGUGGUAGUUGCUGUAGUCCUUGGAAUGCUUCCCUUUCACUCCUGGGCACACUCAUAACCACAGGCAAAAGGAGGAGGGGUAAUGACACACAUGAAGCCAGCACUGUUCAGCUCCUGCUACUAGCCCUAGGCCAAGGUGGAGCAUUUGGCAACGCUGUUAACCUCAAGAGCUAAGCUAUCCAACAGAACUUCCUGAGAUGACAGAAUCUGCCUCUAUGCCAUCCAUCAGACAGGCCCUGAGCACUUGGGUUAUAGCUAAGAAAUUGAAUUAAAUCGAAAUUAAACUCAAAUGGUCUCUCAUAGCUAAUGACAACCACACUGGAUACCACAGUUCUUUAUUUCUCCAGUAGGUUUUUAUCAAAAUGGAAGUGCUUGAAUUCUGAUAGAGUUCCAGUGUUAUUUGAUAUUUUAUUCAAUAUUAUUUGAGAAAUAUAUUUUUAAUAACUAUUCUAGUGUAAGUCUUAUGGCAGACACUUGCAAAAACAAACACACACAAGAGAGCCAAAAAGACUGAAUUUCCUACCCUUGCGAGGCUUAGAGUGUAGCAAAGUUAGAUAGAUUAAAAAAAAAAAAAAAACAGCAUUUUAGACGGUGGCAUGUGAGGGACAGUACAGAGUUGUGGAAUCAACACAAAGACAAAGUGGAAAAGCUGCCUAUCAUCACUAAGUUGGCACUCCAGGACAAGGAGAAGAGAACAGAAAUACAUGGGUAAUGGAGCAUGUCAUGGAAGGAGCCAAGACGUUUUGAGUCCAGCUCCAUCUCAACCUGUCUUAUGAAAAGCCACAUGUAAAACACAGAGCACGAAUCUUGUUCUUAUUGCUCGCUUGCCACUCUCAACCCCACCAUGACACUCAUUGUGUUUCCUUCGGUACAUAUAUCUGUGCCUUCCGUGGCUCCAGACUUUAGAAUCUGGGGGAGAGCGUUAAAUAGGAAAUUGGUCCUGUAUGGGUAGCAAUGACGAAACUUCUCAGAGAGCACACUAUUCUACCAGUGUAUAUAUGUCAUGCCCCAUAACAAGCAGUUUCUCUAGGACCUGCCUCACUAAGUAGAUAGAACCCUCAGGAAUAGCCCAGAUGAACAAUAUUUUCUAGACUAGUCAUUAAAACAAGAUCAGAAUUGCUAUUUGUCUUAAUUGACAGAAGCUACUUUGUAGCUAGAUUUGAUUUGCAGUGACAAAACAAUCUAGCCAACCCAUCUCUGUGUUCCAUUCAAUCUGUUAUCAACUUUCUAUUAAACCAUAGUUUUCUGAAAAACAGCAACAGAGUUGCUCUUAGAGAUUCUAAUUGUUGGGUAUGUAUGUGUCUUUCAACUAAUUAAAAGGAACUUAGAACAUCUGAUAAAAAAUUAAAAAAAUUGUACUGGGAACACAGUGGAUUCCUGGAGUCACAUUACUGAAUCUUCUUGUACAUAGACUAAAGAACAUCCCAUGUACAUAACAGAAGACAACACUUGUAUCUGGCCAUUUAAACAAAUCACAUGCUUUUCAAAACCACCUGGGUGAUUUCACAUGGAGGUUAGCAUGCAUUACCAGAUUCUUCUCACUCUCUUGUCUUCCUAGCCCAGGGGGUUCUCAUAAGCUAUGUGCUUUUAAAGAAGUCACUUCACCUCUACAGACCUCAGUUUUUUUCAUGCAUAAAAUGAUUAAAGGUGCAUCAUUUCUUCAUUCCAAGUUCAAGUCCCUCCAACAGAAUCAUCAGGUAGGGCUGUUUCUGAAAAAUAGAGACGUUAGCAGCCUCAAAAUCUGAAAACCAGCAAGGGUACAGUCACAUGGACUUUGAUCCCCACCUGUUUGACUUCGAAAUGACGUAAGAUUAUUUCGGGGGAUCUUCUCAUCACCAACCUAUUUUCAUGUCAUCAUGAUGAAUAUGAUCCUAGGCUUUUGCCAUUGAAAGCCUGACUGGCUAAGUGACUUUCAAUGGUGCUUUGCCUUCUCAUUCAAAGACUUGUUUCAUCCAACAUUUACAGAAAUAUUAGACUGUCUCUUCACCAUAUGUUGAUUUGCAUGCCUUGUUUCAGCUCUGAGCAAGGUUUUACUGGGACUCUCUGAAGGUGUGAAAGAUUCUGAGGUACUUAAAAAUACCCACUUAUUAGUGGACGUCGAUGGCACAUGCCUUUAAUCCCAGCACUUGGAAGGCAGAGGCAAGCGGAUCUCUGAGUUUGUGGCCAGCCUGGUCUACAAAGAAACUCUGUCUCAAACAAACAAAUAAACAAACAAACAAAAGCCCCCACUUAUUCAACUUCUAUGUGUCAGGAGCAGUUCCAGGUAUUUUUCAUACAUGACCUUUGGAGCUACAAAGAGCAACCUUAAGUACAGAGUCAAUUUGUGAACAAAUGAAGAGAUAAAGUCUUAAAGAGAUAGAUAAUCUGUCUCAGAGUCUUCAAUAAGAGAGAAGAAAAAUAAAUCCCAAUGAGAGGCACUAUAUCAAAGUGUUUUAGUUACAUUGAUGUAUCUUCUACAUAUUACUUAUUUAAUAUUUUUAUUUAUUUCUUUAUUGUGUUGACAUUCAUGUGAUAAAAUUACUUGCAGUUGCCAAAGCCACCAAGCUCUGUGUGAGGAAAAUCACCUUGAUAUCACUGAGAUGCUGAAUUCUUCAGAUGCCGAGCAUUUUUAUGAAUAACUAUCCUAAUCAAUAUGAGACUAAAACAAUCUGCCCCCAAUAGAAACUGUGGAGGGAAAAAAAAAAAAAGUCAAAUGUAGAACUAAAAAACAAAAAUCUAGAAAUAGAUCCAAAUCCAGGCUUCUGAUCUGGCUGAUCAAUUCAUUUACAAAUACCCCAGGACUUAAAAAAAAAAAAAAAAAAAAGACAGAAACUGAGGCUAAGUCUUAGAAAUGAAUCUGAUUGGAAUUAAAAAAGAAGCAGUUCAGACAGUUGGAGGGUUAAACUCCAUAUCACUUCUCCAAUUUUCCAAACUAGGCCUGAAGUCUAGGCCAACACAAAAACAAAGCAACGAAAACCUGCACACAAAGGAAGCAGAUAGUUGUUCACUCUGCAAGUCCACAAACACUCCUCUAAAGCAGACCUGGAGCCCUGCACUCAGCAAGAACCGAAAGAACAUGAGGAAGAAGCCACUGCUUUGAAGAAGAAUUCAUAAUUACUAAAGCAAACUAACAUUUCCACGCAGUAUCAAGUACAGUAUUUAAUCUCAAGGGCUUCCAGAGAAUCCUUGUUAGUAGUAAUCAGGGAUUUUUACACAGGAGGCAGUGUCAACUGAGGCUUAAAUAGGCUUCAGGAGCAGAGACCAUUCCAUACAGUAGAUACAGCAAGUUCAAGGUCACAGAGGCAUACAAGAAGCCAGCUGGCUUGGCAGACUCUGUAUUGAUGGGAAAUCUAUAAGGGCAGCAGAAAAGAGUCUACAUUAGGGAAAAGGCCACAGAUAAUCUUAAAUAACAUGCAAAUUAAGAUGACACCUGGCAGGGGCUAGGGAGCUAUGGCAGAAUUUUAAGAGUUCUAGAACACGGUCCCUCUAUAAAAGAGCCAUUUAGCUAAUACCACGGAAGAUGGACUGGAGGAGGAUAGGACAGACCCAAGGCAAGGUCCUUGGAGGAUGAGGUGAACUGGAACAGUAUUUCAGAAAGCCAGCUCUCUCUGCACUGGCAUUUCUAACAGGGCUUGCUAAAGCCUGCAGGUGCUUCUGUUGCUAUACCACUCCCAGCAGACCCCAGUGUGACAUAAAAACACUGAAGGAAACAACAGUGCAAGGCACCAACAGACAUCAUAGGUAUGGAUGUUUGAAUCAGUGUGAGUGGUUGAGUGUGUGUGUGAGUGAGUGAGUGAGUGAGUGAGUGAGUGAGUGUGUGUGCAUGUGAGUGGAAGAAUGAAUAUGCAAAUAUCUUCAUGAGGUGUUUGCAAAGCUCCACCUUAAUAAAGCUCCCCUAAAUCUAAAUAUCACAAUUUUCCAAAAGUAAGAAAGCUCUGCUAUUCUUUAAUCUCUCUCAAGUGGGAAGAAUUAUUUCUCUCGAGAAAGUAUAAUUCAAAACCAGCUGCCAUCACGGGCCAUUCCACUCAACAGAAAGGAAUCCACCAAUGACCCUUCCAAUAAAAAAAUAUCAUAACAGCAAAUGCUGGCAGGAGGCAUGCUACACAUCAGGCCCUCUAUGAGGAUGAAUUCAUUUAACUCAGAUGUCUGUGAAAAAAUACUGUGUCACUUCCGUGUUACAUAUAUGAAAGGGAUAAAUAAGGACUAUGUAACACUUAAGCUCACAUAGCCUGCAGACUAUGUCAAGGCUGUCCAGACUCUACAAAUGCACCAUACUGUCACUUGUGGUAUUUGAAAGAAAGUGGUAGCUUUUACCAAAAAGAGGAGGACAAAGAAAAAUUAAAGGGAAGAGGGGAAAUCAUGGGGAUUACCAUUCUCUAAAACCUCGUUUAAGGACAACUUCCAGUGUCCUUUAUGUAACAUUUACACAUUUCCUUUGGCUUCAAAUAAAUGACAAAUUUUCUGUUUCUUUAGUAAACAGGAGAUUCCUUUGGAAAUGGAAUCUUUUCAGUACCAAGUGUGGGUAUUCACAGUUUUAUUUAUAUAAGUAAAAUUCCUCACAUUGUGUGUAGCAUCUAACAGCAUCUGCAGGGGUCUCGGGAGGACUGUUCUCGAAAGCUGUUAAUUAACCUCAGAUUAGCUCCUGGAGUCUCGGUGAAUUCUAGAUGCUGGGUUUUUUUUGUUUGUUUAUUUGUUUUUUUAAUUUCAAAUCUAGGAACAAAAAUCUGAUAUUGCAGAUAAUUAAAUUUAUUCUAGAAGAAGUAUUUCUACGCGUGGGCUACAUUCUCAGCAUUUGAAUAGAACACUAAUUGCAAAGUAUGGGGCAUGUUGCUGGCUACCCUGAGCCCUGGAUAAACACUGACCUAUUUUAAAUUACUCCGUGCCUCAUCUAAAAAGCUACAGACCAUACACUCAGCAUUUAAAUGGAACCACAAAUGCCAAUGUGCAGAGAGUUGCCUCAGUCACAAAACCCUCUAAUUUGAGGUGUACCCAAAAUAACACUGAUAUAUAUGGAGCCACAAAUUAGUGACUUCCAUAAAUAAGAUCACCCUGCUGUAGACCCAGUUCUAAAGAUAUAGUUUCAUGUAAUAUUACAUCCAUGUUUUGAAAUCAAGAAGUUCUCAAUCACUACUCUAGUGCCAUAAAAAGAAAUAUCACAUAUCACGAGGGGUUGUCUCUAAAUCCAUUGAUGUUCAAAAGAAGAAGAAUUUCAAGAAAGUUGGCUUCUCAAAAGCAGUAAAAUGUAUGUCCAAAAAAUAAGACAAGGAAACAAAGUGAACCUUUGCAGCAAAUAGGAGACAGAAGCUCAACAGAGAAAUACACAGAGGAGAGUCCAACAACAGCAAAACCUGCAAGCUGCUAAAUUCUGUCAGUGUCUUAACUUACCAGCCCCAACUCAUCUUCUCUAAGACAGUCCAAACACUUUCAGCAUACAUUUCUCUCUCUCCUCUUCUGUCUCUCUGUCUGUCUCUGUCUCUAGCCUUUCUCUGUAAGUAUACACACACACAUACACAUAUAUAAAGGAAAAGCAUUUUACUAAUAACUAAUUGAGCUUACACACAAUUAACUGAGUGAAAGUGAUAUAAGACACAGGAAAAGUGACACCGUGGGUCAAGAGUGAAAGGAACAGACUCCACCCAGACACUGAUGUCAUGCGCUAUGUGAUUUAUCACAGAUCACUCCAACACCUUAGACCAGUUUCUUCCUCUGUAAAAUAGAUUACCUGCCUGCUCACAGGUUGUUCUUCCAUUAUCAUCAUAGAGUGGGGUGAACGAGAAUGUGCUAUAAGUACAGGAAAUGUUAUAUAAGAUUGUUCUUAAAUCAGUGUCAUCAAACCUCCCUGGCCAAAGGCAUAUUAUUUCUCUGAUAAGAGGAGAGACUGGCAACAAUGGGUAUCUUUGAACAGCAAGAGACAAAAAAAAAAAAAAAAAUCUCCUUUUGAUGUAAUCAGAAAGACAAAAAGCACUGAAGCAGACUUGCAGUUUAGUGAUUAUAACCCGAUGCUUCAAAUGGCCCGAUUCACCUUUGCUCCCCCAUCAUAUCUAUUCUCUGUGUGGUAGCUAUCUCCUCUAUCUUUUCUGUUCCACCAUCAAUGAACCUCUCCAUUUUAUAGUCUCAACCUAUUACUCGCAUUGUAUGGUUCUUCUUGCUAACUGAUUUAGCCAAAGCCACCACCUCGGUCAGUUAUGAAACAAGACUGAAAACUGUAGAAAUCUUUGCGUCUUUAAGCUCACCUAACUGGCAAAAGCCACAACUAAGUGAAUCUACAUUAAUCUUUAAUUUUCACAAACUAGCAGACUGGAUGGAAGUGACAGACAGCUCUCUCAAACAGUUAAUGACCUCAGGGAAUUCAGGUUUCAUUACAAUGGCUGGCAGUAGAGAACAAAUUUUGAGUUGUUAUCAAAAUUAAACACCUGUGGAUGAAUGAUUGAACCUAUCAAGUGGAUAAUCAGAAGAAUCCCUUCUGUAGUUAAUCAUGUGCUACGUUAUACCCUCUUGAUUUUGCAGAACUCUCUACACUACCUGCUUGGGUUGCCUGUCAAGUAGACAUAUGACCGGGUAUGACUGUUCAUGCCUUGAGUCUGAGGAGAAUUAAUCAACACCAUAUAUGUAAAUAGGCCUCGCUCCUGCUGCAAUACUUCUCACCACCACGAGGACAAAGCCGCAGAGCUCAUAAGACAUAGUGGUGCUGGGCUGUGUUUCUAGCACUUUGAAUGGGAAAGCAGGACUGUGAAUCUGAGGCUAGCCUGAGAACAGUAAGACCAUGUGUCAAAAAAUAAACUUUUGCAUAGUCUACAAAGGGCUCCAUGAUCUUGUCCGAGCUAACCCUUUCUUUGGCCUCAUCUAUUCUCACUUUUUA